AUGCACGGCCAGCCCCAGCCCGGCCCGCAGCCCCCGGCGCGGCUGCCCGUGCCCGGCCGGCCCAAGGCAGGCAGGAGGCGCUACAAGACCUUCAUGAUCGACGAGAUCCUCUCCAAGGAGACCUGCGACUACUUCGAGAAACUUUCCCUGUACUCCGUCUGCCCGUCGCUCCUGGUCCGGCCCAAGCCGCUGCACUCCUGCGCCGGCUCCCCUUCUCUACGGGCGUAUCCUCUCAUCUCCGUCAUCACCCGGCAGCCGCCCGUGCUACCCCAGCUGGUCCCGGCUGCUGGCAGUUCCCGGCUGCUGUCCCCCCAGCCCUGCCUGGGGGCCGUGGGCACGGAAGUUUCCCCCAUUGAGGCCCAGGGCAGCAGCGAGUCUGAGGCGGAGCAGCCCCCACCGCGCUCGAAGAAGCCACGCCGGAGCAGGACCAUCUUCACCGAGAUCCAGCUCAUGGGCCUGGAGAAGAAAUUCCAGAAGCAGAAGUACCUCUCCACCCCUGACAGGCUUGACUUAGCCCAAUCCUUGGGGCUGACUCAGCUCCAGGUGAAGACGUGGUACCAGAACCGUAGGAUGAAGUGGAAGAAAAUGGUGUUGAAGGGUGGACAGGAAGCUCCAACGAAGCCCAAAGGCCGUCCAAAGAAAAACUCCAUUCCCACCUCAGAGGAGAUUGAAGCAGAGGAGAAAAUGAACAGCCAGGCUCAGAGUCAGGCAUGGGAGGGAUCUCAAGCCAAUGAGGAGCCAAAACUACCAGAGGAGAACCCAGGAGUUCUGUUGGAGACAAAGAAGUCUCCAGAACAUAUACCAGAGCCUUCCUCAGAGGUGACUACACCAUUACCAUUAAGUUAAAAGGGAAAGAAAGAAGGGGAAAAGAAGAGAAAAGAAAAAG